AUGUCCGGCCCGCCUCUGACAAUCCGAAAUGUCACCGCCAAUCCAAUCGAGCUGAAGGUCGUGGAGCGCUUCCAAAGUGCUAACAAUAGAGGAGGAGCUUCAAAUAUCACAAGAGUCCUCAGUGGGCUGAUGAAUAACUGCACGAGUCCGUCAUCAGCCCAGCUUGUUGCAAAAUCUGAAAGCUUCAGUACGCAAGACGUAUCGAUAACAAUUGGCCCGUUCGAGAGCAAGACGACGGACAUCCAGCCCAAUGCCGACGAGGUCCUGCGGUUGACGAUUGAGGCAGAUGGACAGAGGUAUAGGAUCGACACACCGAUUCUCUCCCAGCGGUCUACUAUUCUGUCGCCGCUGUCGCCCGAUCCGCGCCUCGAGUUCACAGGUGUUUACCUUCCAUCGGCGUCUCAUCUGGCGCUGUACUCGUCUGCCAAACUCGAGUCGUGGAUGAGCACGCUCAGGGACGAGACACCUCUCUCAGCGCUCAGCAUCCCAGGUACACACAACUCGCCCACCCACCAUGCAGCCCUCCCCUCAGUCCGCUGUCAGGCGGUGAGCGUCAAGGAACAGCUAGAGAACGGGGUGCGCUUCCUCGAUAUCAGAGUGCAGCCGCAAAACCCCGGUGAUCCCUCGAAAGAUGGCCUCAUCCUCGUGCAUAGUGCAUUCCCCGUAUCGUUGACUGGCAAUAAGUACUUCCGUGAUCUGCUCAAUGUAGUGCACUCCUUCCUCGACGCCCACCCCAGCGAAACAGUCAUCAUAUCACUCAAGCGCGAGGGCACAGGAAAUUCGACCGACCAGCAGCUCAGCAAGAUCCUGCAUACGCACUACGUCAGCAACGACGCCUCGCGCUGGUUCGCAGAGAACCGCAUUCCUACCCUUGCCGAAACGAGGAGAAAGGUAGUGUUAAUCCGGCGAUUCGCGAUUGACGACUCUCUGAAGGGGGAGCAGGGCGGCAGAGGCUGGGCUAUAGACGCAGAAAGCUGGCCUGACAACUGCGCCGAUGGGACUUGUACGAGCGGCGACUUGCGCAUACAGGAUUUCUACGAGGUUGGUCAGCAUGAGAACAUCACCAAGAAAAUAACGUAUUCGACGGAUCAGCUGGAGAGAGCUGCGCAGACCGUGUGCGCGUGGCCGGGAGAUGCGGAUGCUGCUGCCGUAGAGGCGGCAAGUCAGCCAUUCUUCAUGAACUUUCUAAGCGCGUCCAACUUCUUCAGACCGAAUUGCUGGCCUCACAGAAUUGCUGCGAAGGUGAAUCCUUCGGUUAUCGAGUACUUGUGCAAACACCACAACUUGACUGAAGUUAGCAAGACGGGGGAUGGGAGUACUGGUAUCGUUGUUUGUGACUGGGUCGGACAGAAUGGAGACUGGGAUCUCAUUCGCUGUAUUGUAGGUAUGAACGCCAAAUUUCACUUGAGAUAG